CCUAUUUUAUGAAGAUAAUGCAGUGGCUGAUUUGGGUCUGCACACACAGGAGACAUGGCGUUUAUGAGAGAAAUUAUUGUUUGGAUUCUGUUUUCGUUGGUUAUGGUGAGUGUGAGAGGCCAAGAAGGACUGGAUGGAUUAUCACCCUGUAACUUCCCUGCAAUUUACAAUUUUGGGGAUUCAAAUUCAGAUACUGGUGGAAUUGCAGCUGCAUUUUAUCCGAUGAUAUCUCCAUCAGGCGAUACUUUCUUCCGUAAGCCUUCUGGCAGGGCCUCCGAUGGACGCCUCAUUAUCGACUUCAUUGCUCAACACCUGGGACUGCCUUAUUUGAGUGCAUAUCUUGAUUCAAUUGGAACCAAUUUCAGACAUGGUGCUAAUUUUGCCACCGGGGGUGCCACCAUUAGGCACCAGAAUGAAUCAUGGUUCCUGAAUGGAGUGAGCCCAUUUCCUCUUGACGUUCAAACUGAACAUUUCAACCAAUUUAAGUCAAGGACGACCGAUCUUUAUAACCAAGCUGAUAUUAAUGAUUGUGAGAAAAGUAGACUCCCGAGACCUGACGAUUUCUCGAAGGCUCUUUAUACAUUCGAUAUUGGACAGAAUGAUAUUGCUGCUGCUUAUCGUGCUGCGAUGAGUUAUGAAGAAAUUCGUACAACGAUCCCUGACAUGGUUAACCAACUGGGUUCUGCCAUCCAAUACCUACAUGGUUUAGGGGCAAGGACAUUUUGGAUUCACAACACAGGACCUUAUGGUUGCGCGGCACUCAUUCUACACCACAUCACGAACCCACAACCAGGCUAUCUUGACCAAAUUGGUUGUGUCAAAGAGCAAAACGAGGUAUCGAUGGAGUUCAAUAGACAGCUCAAGGAAAAAGUAGUAGAACUAAGGGGGGAGCUUCCGAAUGCCUCUUUAACAUACGUUGAUAUGUUCGCCGCAAAGUAUGGAUUGAUUAGAAAUGCAAAACAAGAAGGAUUUGCUGAUCCGAAAACGAUAUGCUGUGGAUACCAUGAAAAUGGUGCAGAUGUUUGGUGUGGGAAUAAGGCGACCGUCAAUGGUUCUGAAAUCUACGCCGGUUCCUGCAAAGAUCCUUGGUCGGUUAUUAGUUGGGAUGGUGUUCACUACACUGAAGCUGCAAAUCAUUGGAUUGCUAAUCAUAUAAUCAAUGGUUCAUUGUCUGAUCCACCAAUUCCCCUUACACAUGCAUGCCAAUGCCAUAUAUAGGCAUUAAAUAUCUAUUACUUAUUUAAUAAACGUAUGGAAAUCAGAAAUUUAUGCUCUA